AUGAAUUUAGACUUAGGUUCAACUGUACGAGGCUAUGAAUCAGAUAAAGACACAUUUCCACAAUCGAAAGGCGUUAGCUCAUCUCAAAAAGAGCAGCGUAGCCAGUUGAAUCAGACAAAAAUAGCUUAUGAAGAGCGACUUCUGAAUGAUUUAGAGGAUAUGGAUGACCCUUUAGAUUUGUUUUUAGACUAUAUGAUAUGGAUUAGCACCAACUAUAUCGAAGUGGAUUCUGAUUCAGGUCAGGAAGUUCUUCGAAAUACAAUGGAAAGGUGCUUGAUUUAUAUACAAGAUUUGGAAACCUAUAGAAACGAUCCCAGAUUUUUAAAAAUUUGGAUUUGGUAUAUAAAUUUGUUUCUUAGCAACAACUUCCACGAGUGUGAGAAUACUUUUACGUAUAUGUUUAAGAAGGGAAUUGGAACUAAGCUUUCGUUGUUUUACGAAGAGUUCUCCAAACUAUUAGAAAAUGCUCAAUUUUUUCUAGAAGCAAAAAUGUUAUUAGAAUUAGGCGCUGAAAACAAUUGCAGGCCUUAUAACAGGUUAUUAAAGUCAUUAAGCAAUUAUGAAGACAGGCUCCGAGAAAUGAAUAUCCUAGAAAACCAGCACAGUGUAUCUGAUCCAAGUGAAAGAUUAAGGGAAAGGAUAAAUUAUGGAGGAGCACCCUUUUUCAUUCGUAAAUUUUUAACCUCAUCAUUGAUGACUGAUGACAAGGAAAAUCGAAAAGAACUGAGUUCUAACAUAGAAGUUCGUAAGACUGCUCCCAAUGCACAUCAAGAUUCUAUAUUGGGUUCUGACUUUAAGGCAGGAACGGAAAGGCUUGAUUUGAAUGGCUAUAAACACCCCGCUAAUCAACGCUUAGAGAAUGGUGAUAAAAAAACUUCAGUAUAUGCUGAUCAAAAGCAAUCUAACGAUCCAGUCUACAAACUAAUCAAUACUCCUGGACGGAAACCUGAACGAAUAGUUUUUAAUUUUAAUCUUAUGUAUCCAGAAAACGACGAAGAGUUCAACACCGAAGAAAUAUUGGCAAUGAUAAAAGGAUUAUAUAAGAUGCAGCCCAGAAGUGAGAAGCACGCCGAAAAUUAUAGCAAUAAUUAUACCAGUGACAAAAAUAGCAAGAAACGUAAGCUUGAUGUGCUCGUAGAAAGGCGGCAGCACUUGCCUUCAUCCCAGCCACCCGCUGUUCCCAAGGCUACGCGAAUUGAGAUAUUUAGAGACGAGGAUAAUCCCAGCCAAAGCACACAUCACAAUAGUACACAGGUACAAGUGCAAACUACAACGUCCAUUUUACCUUUAAAACCUGUGGUUGAUGGUAAUCCCGCGCAUGUGACACCAGUAAAGCCUUCACUAACAACCAACGCCUCUCGUUCGCCAACCGUAACAGCUUUUUCAAAAGAUGCUAUGAACGAGGUCUUUUCCAUGUUCAAUCAACAUUAUUCGGCCCCUGGUGCGCUAUUAGAUGGCGAUGAUACCACAACAAGUAAGUUUAACGUCUUCGAAAACUUUACGCAAGAAUUCACGGCUAAGAAUAUUGAAGAUUUAACUGAAGUAAAAGAUCUCAAAGAAGAGGCGGCGCCACAACAAUUUACCACAAUAAAUGAAACCAAUGAUCUUUAUGAAAGAUUGCCGAUUAGUAGCACACGGCCAGAAAGGGGAGACUACAUGACACCUAUAAAGGAAACCACUGAAACAAAUGUGCUACCUAUAAUCCAGACACCUGAGGAACGAAUGAAGGCAGGAAAUAAGAAAUCGGGGGAUAACACAGAAACACAAACAGAAUUGACAAGUACAAAUGUCCAAAGCUCUCCAUUCCUCACACAACCUGAACCACAAGUAGAAAAGCCUUUACGAACCGCAAAACAUCUGGAAAAUAAUAAAGAGCAUUACCCAACCAGCAUACCUCCUCUCAUUAAAAUAGAAAAUCAACCACCUGUGAUUAUUGAAAACCCACUUAGCAAUAUUUUGAGAGCAAAGUUUUUGUCUGAAAUUUCACCCCCGCUAUCUCAAUAUAAUACCUUUUACAAUUACAACCAAGAAUUGAAAAUGAGUUCUCUAUUGAAAAAAAUCCAUAGAGUAUCUCGCAACGAAAACAAGAACCCAAUUGUUGAUUUUAAGAAGACAGGUGACUUAUAUUGUAUACGCGGAGAAUUGGGCGAAGGAGGUUAUGCCACCGUAUAUUUAGCAGAGUCUAGUCAGGGACAUCUGCGGGCGUUGAAGGUAGAAAAGCCGGCAAGUGUGUGGGAAUAUUACAUAAUGAGCCAAGUGGAGUUUAGGUUGAGGAAAAGCACAAUUUUAAAAUCAAUAAUCAACGCUAGUGCAUUACAUUUGUUCCUUGAUGAGAGCUACCUUGUCUUGAACUACGCCAGUCAAGGUACAGUUUUGGACUUAAUUAAUUUACAACGGGAAAAGACAAUUGACGGCAAUGGAAUAAUGGAUGAGUACCUGUGCAUGUUUAUCACUGUCGAGCUAAUGAAAGUACUUGAAAAGAUACAUGAAGUGGGAAUAAUACAUGGUGAUCUGAAGCCAGAUAACUGCAUGGUUAGAUUAGAAAAACGAGGUGAGCCCCUAGGUGCUCAUUAUAUGCGCAAUGGAAAGGACGGCUGGGAAAACAAGGGAAUUUAUUUAAUAGAUUUUGGCAGAUCAUUUGAUAUGACACUGUUACCACCUGGAACGAAAUUCAAAUCAAAUUGGCAGGCUGACCAGCAAGAUUGUUGGGAGAUGCGUGCAGGUAAGCCAUGGAGUUAUGAAGCAGAUUAUUAUGGAUUAGCGGGUGUCAUACAUUCGAUGCUUUUUGGAAAAUUCAUAGAAACGAUUCAACUGCAAGAUGGAAGGUGUAAAUUAAAGAAGCCCUUUAAAAGGUAUUGGAAAAAGGAAAUAUGGACCGUUAUUUUCGAUUUAUUGUUAAACAGUGGUCAAGUUUCUAACCAAGCUCUACCAAUGACUGAAAAGAUUGUUGAAAUAAGGGAUUUGGUAGAAAGCCACCUAGAACAGCACGCAGAGAAUCACUUAAGAAACGUUAUACUGAGCGUCGAAGAGGAGCUAUCGCAUUUACAAUAUAAGGGAAAACCGUCAAAAAGGUUUUAA